AGAAGGAAAUCAACUCAACCUGGAUAUAAGAAGGCAGCGAAGGAUCGCUUCAUACGACAAUAGCAGGAUGGCUCACGAUAACGGCCAGAUGCCCCAAGCGGAUCUUUUGGAACAAUUGGCCAUAAGGGAAAGACAGCUGGAGCAACUGCAACAAGCGUAUGUACAGCUCCAAGGAAAUGGAAACAACCCAGCCCAACAAGAGCGGUUGUUCAAAAACAUCAAUCGAUUGGCAACCUUUACGGGAACCGGGGAAAUCUCCAUCAACUCCUUCUUCAGUAGCGUGGAGUACCUGUUACAGACUGUAGAGGACCCACAACUCAAGAGAGAAGCCACAAGGACAAUAUUCUACAGGACAAUUCAGGGUCAAGCAAAGGAUGCAGUAAUAAACAUCCCGGAGCCGGACAACUGGGACCUGAUAAAAGCCACCUUGAAGUUAAGGUACAGACCAGACACGGAGCCGCACCAAAUCUACAAGAGGAUAUGUGACCUGAGAGUGAAUUCGAAAAUACUAACGACGACUAUGUUGCUGACGACAAUACUAAUGACAAUGGCAAUAACAACAACAGCGGGAACACUAACGAUUCAAGAAAUACCUGAUCAGGACGGGUAUGCGCAAAUAGAGAUGAAAAAUCAAGAUAUAAUUAUCACAACAGAUAUAGUAGUACAUAUAAUAAACUUAAAAGAUAUUGACAAUAUUUUGAACGAAAUAGGAAAAAACAUAGAAAUGACAAACAAUGACAACAAACACAUAUUACAAUCGGAACUAACUGAAACAAAAAACAAAUUGUAUACCCUAUAUGGAAACCACAAUCGCGAAAGAAGAGGAUUAAUUAAUGUAGUAGGUAGUUCAGCAAAAUGGUUGUUUGGAACAAUGGACGAUGAAGACAGGAAAGAAGUUGAAAAUCAUAUCUCUACAUUUAAAGAAAACAUGCAGGAAACAGAUGAAGCAUUAAACAAGCAAAUUUACAUAAAUACGUAUUUCAAUGAUACAAUAAAAUACAUUGAACAAAUAGUUAAAUCAGAUACAGAGGCAAUAGAGAGACAAUUGAAUGCAAUUAGCAAAUUCGAAAAUAACAGAUACCAGGAGAACUUAUAUUACGACCAACAGAUAAAAAUUCAGUUAAUAAAAAAUAAGAUUGAACAUUUGCAGGAUAACGUUGCUUCUGCUAGAUACAAUAUAUUACAUCCCAGCAUAUUAACAGAUCACGAAAUAAAAAAAAUACAAUAUCGAUUUCAACAAACUAAACCAUAUAAAGUAAGCUACGGCUAUGUUCAGAAAUAAUCUUUUAGUAUUCGCAAUAGAAAUACCAAAAAACUUUAUAACAGUAUAAAUACAACAGAUAAUACCGAUGCCUAAUGAAGAAAACUUUGAAAUAGAUCAGGAAUCAGAACUGAUAUUUAACUAUAAAAAUUCAACAUACACCUAUAAAACAAAUAAAAAA